AUGUCCUUACCAAAGAAGUUUACCUAUGAGCCUUUAGAGUCUCACGACGAUGCAUCAGAUGCACUACCUUCAUAUCAACCUAUCUUAGAGCCUUAUGAGUCCCGUCGUCGUUGGUCAUCGAUAGUUAUGAUUUGGUUCGUCAUUCAAGCGUCCAACAUCAUAUUGUUAUCAGGCGGAUAUGCUCUUUUGCAAUUCACCCGUAGCAAAAGCAAUGGCUUGGACUUAGACAGAUAUUUUGAACUUGCGGAAUACAAUACAACGAAAUAUUUCAUGGGCAACACCGAUCUAGUAGCACACUCCCCUGUUGCAGAACAGUUUUGGGAUCGGAUUCAAGACUCUGGCGGAGUUGUAUCGAUUGAUACUGUAUGGGCUGCACAACAUUUCGCGCCAUCGAAGCCUUCUCCACAGAAUCCAGAUGAGAGUAUCUAUCAAGUGGAUGUUUUUCACACUAUACAUUGUUUGUAUCGGAUCCGAAACAGAUUGUUGGCAAACACAUCACUACAGCCUGAAAUCGACACUGAUGGCCACACCCUACACUGCAUUGAUUGGAUAAGAGAGCAGGUCAUGUGUCAUAGUGAUAUCUCUCUUCGGGCAACUGAUGAUUUCAUAACAUUUGGUGAUCUGAGUCAUGGCCAUCAGUGCAGAGACCAUGAUGCUCUUGUAAACUGGAUUGCGAAAUAUCAAUGGGAAGGACAUAAGGAUUAUCUCGAGAUGCAUCAUGGGACGAUGUUCAAGCAUGCCAUGGCUGCCUCUCCUGUAUUAUAG